CUGCUUGGAUGCUGGUCCAGUCAUUGCAAUUAAAGACAACAAAGCCUCCCAAUCCCAAAAAAAUCGAUGGAGGUGGCCAAAGAAAACUUGAGGCAAGAAGCCCACCUUCUUAUCUUCCCCGCCCCCCUCCAAGGCCACAUAAACGCCAUGCUCCCCUUAGCUGAUGCGCUCUCCUCGUCGGCAGCCUUCGCAUCAGCUUCCUCAACACAGACCACAACCACCGCCUCCUCAGCUUCUUCUCCCCUUCACAAUACUCCUGCUUCUCUCUCCGGCCCAAUUUGCGCUUCCUCUCCAUUCCUGACGGCCUCUCCGACGACAAACCUCGCUCGGCGUACCACUCAGGCCUUGGGGAUCCCUGUGCUUGCAUUCCGAACUAUUAGUGCAUCUUCCCUUUGGGUUUAUCUUCAGAUCCCUCAGAUGAUAGAGGCCGGCGAGCUCCCUUUUCCAGCCGAUGCAGACCUUGACGAGCAUAUAAAGAGCGUGCCGGCCAUGGAAGGCUUUCUGCGGUGUCGAGACCUCCCAAGCAUGUGUCGAAAAGCAACGAAAGCCGACGACAAAGAGCUUCAAUUAUUCACAAACUUCGCUGCCUGCGCUCCCAUCCUCUCUCAAAUCGCUUCCUUCUUCCCAACCAUCUAUGUCGUCGGCCCCCUCAACGCUCUGGUCGAAUCAAUUACCUCAUCCUCUGUCUCUGCCAGUCUCUUGGCCGAAGACCGCUAUGCCCUCAGCUGGUUGGAUGCCCAACCAUACCGGUCCAUCGUCUAUGUCAGCUUCGGCAGCCUAGCCCGACUGACGCAGGAAGAAUUUCUGGAAUUCUGGCACGGUUUCGUCAACAGCGGCCACCGCUUCUUGUGGGUGGUGCAGCCUAAUUUUGUAGCUGAAGGAACGACUUCGGUUGAGAUGGCGGGGUUGGAGCAGAGAGUGAGAUUGGUGGCGUGGGCGCCGCAGGAGGAGGUGUUGCGGCACCGUGCGGUGGGGUGCUUCAUUACGCACAGCGGUUGGAAUUCGACGCUGGAGAGUGCAGCGGCAGGGGUGCCAAUGGUGUGCUGGCCGUGUGCAUGGGAUCAGUUGGUUAAUAGUAGGUUAGUUGGAGAGGUGUGGAAGGUGGGAUUGGAUAUGAAGGAUGUGUGCAAGAGGGAGAUGGUGGAGAGUAUGGUGAGGGCGGCGAUGGAAGAGGACAAGGCGGAGGAGCUCCGGCGAAAGGCUACGGAUUUGGCGGUUGAGAUUGGGAGGAGCAUGGGGGAAGGCGGGGAUGCCAGGUUGGACUUUGAGAGAUUGUUAAAGGACAUUUUGUCAUUAAGCUUGUGUGCAUCGAUAGCACAGUAGUCCUAUUUUCAGC